AUGUCAGAUUUAUCAGAUGAUGAAGUUUCUCUCCAAGCUCUCUUUGAUCCUGUAAAAAAGUUGGUAUGUGACAUUGAGGAUGGAGUGUUUUCAACAUCAGAUUUGCAACCCCGUCUCAAAACAGGAAUCGAAAGUCUACAGUUAGUCACCAAACAAGUGAAUCAAUUGAGGCUUUUUUCAUCGAACGAGCAGAUUGAAGACGUACCAACGAAUUCUCUCCCCUAUCUGAUGGUUCCCUGCUUUUUAGGAAUUUUUCAUCAAAACCUGAUGGUUGAUCCUAGCUUAAAACUCGAAGAACUGAGAAAAGCGAAAGUGUAUCUACGGAAUUUUCUGAACAGACUUCGUGAUAUGUGUUUGAUAAAAACCAGGCUACCAUGGGAAGAUGAAGACUUAGAAAGUAAAGACUUGCUGCGAGAAAAACCGAAGAUGGCAGUGGAAGAAAUUCGGCGAUUGAAGUUAGAACGUCAUAAGAAGAAACAGGAGCUUAAAAUGACUGAGCUUAGAAUCAAGAAACAAUUUGAAGCAGUGUCAAUCGAUGAACAGAAUCUAAGAGAGCUUUAUAUUACACAACUUCUUUUUUGGAGCGAACGUUCCAACGAAGAGCUUCAAGCCAUAGAUGAUGAACUUCCACUGCUGAAAAUGAUGGCUGAUCGAGCUGCACACCCGAACCGUAACACAUCAAUUCCCGAGCCCCUCAAGACUGUUCCGGCUCUGAAGCCAUUUAUAAUAACCAGAGAUGCGCAACAGAAACAAGUUUUUGGCCUUGGGUAUCCGGGAAUUCCAGCAAUGAGUGUCGAUGAAUGGUAUCACCAAAAGUUCGGAUGUAACCCACAAAAUGUACCUACUUCGUCAGCUCCUCAAACUGAUCAACAGAUAGAAUCAGAAGAGGAAGAUGACGAUGAGGCGAGAGCAAAGGGUAUGCGAUGGGAUGAAUACAAAGAUGAUCAUCGGCGCGGUUGGGGAAACACUCACAAUAAAGGAUAA